UAGUUGGGGACUUGGGAGCUUGUAGACCAAACUCACGGCCCAACGUGAACCGGACUUUUAAAAACCAAAACCCUAGCCACCGUCUACCCUCUCUUACUGCAUUCCUUUUUCUCUCGCGCCGCUGCUCCUACCUUGUAACCAGGAAAUGAAGAGAAGAAAAGUAACCUAGGAUCUUAUGCUCAUGUAUUGUUUCAGCAAACAAACAAGGACUGCACAAGAUAAUCAAAGAUGAGUCGAGGUACUGCGCCAGGUCCGAAGGGGAAGAAGAAGGGAGUGACAUUUACCAUUGACUGUGCAAAGCCAGUGGAGGAUAAGAUCAUGGAUAUUGCAUCCCUGGAGAAGUUUCUCCAAGAGAGGAUCAAGGUUGGAGGCAAGGCUGGUGCGCUUGGUGACACUGUGACCGUCACUCGUGAGAAGAGCAAGCUAACGGUAACCUCUGACGGUAACUUUUCGAAGAGGUAUCUGAAGUACUUAACAAAGAAGUACCUGAAGAAACACAAUGUGCGGGAUUGGCUUCGCGUGAUAGCUUCCAACAAAGACAGAAAUGUUUAUGAACUUAGGUACUUCAACAUUGCGGAGAAUGAAGGGGAGGAGGAAGAUUGAGAGUCUAAAUUGGCUUUGUCAUUAAGAACUUCAUUCUCCUUGUUUCCAAUUUGCAAACCUUCCUCAUUUUGUUUACUCGCACAUGUUAUGAUGCCCCUUUUUUUCUUAAACACGAUGUGGUUUUAACAAAUUUGUUCCUUGAAUGAAAUUUUUGAAAUAUGCCAACGUUGGAUUGGUUGGUGGGUGAA